CUUCUACCUUAGACUAGUAGCUCUAAUGGCUAUAGCCGAAUGCUUGCAGAUUCUUGCAGUUUUCAUUUUCAUGCUCCUUCUCAGCCAUUGGAUUUGGAACAAUGAAAUUUCGCCGGUUACAAACUGGCCCGUCGUUGGAAUGUUGCCGGGACUUCUUUAUAAAGCUCCCCAUAUUCAUCAAUACGCCACCCAGCUCCUGAAACAAAGUGGUGGCACCUUUGAGUUCAGGGGACCAUGGUUUGCCAACAUGAACAUUUUGCUCACUUGUGAUCCUAUCAAUAUCCGCCACAUUUCCACCAGAAAUUUUCUCAACUACCAGAAAGGCCCUGAUUACAAGAAGAUUUUCGAGCCCUUCGGAGACGGUGUUCUCAAUUCCGACUUUGAAUCAUGGAAAUCUUUCCGCAGGAUGAUUCAGUCCAUGAUUAAAGAUAACAAGUUCCAGUUGUUUCUUGAGAGGUCUAUGCGAGAGAAGGUGACGAAAGGCCUAAUCCCAGUUCUUCAGCACGUAUCCAGGCUUGGAAUUGCUGUGGACUUGCAAGAUUUGUUUCAGAGAUUCACCUUCGAUAAUAUUUGCCUUUUGGUUCUAGGCUUUGAUCCAAAUAGCCUCUCCGUUGAUUUACCUGAAGUUGCAUACAAGACGGCGUUCGAUGAUGUAGAGGAGGCUGUGUUUUACAGGCAUAUUGUCCCUGAAAGCAUCUGGAAGUUGCAGAAAUGGCUUAAUAUAGGACAAGAGAAGAAGCUAAGCAUGGCCAUGAGUAUCAUAGAUAAUUUCUUGGAGCAGUGUAUAUCAUCAAAGAAAGAAGAAGUUCGCAGGCGCAAUAAAGCCCAAAAGCUGCAAGUUCAGGAGAAGGAAGAAGAAGAUUAUGACCUGAUUACAGCUUGCAUAGAAGAAGAAGAAAUGGAUGAUGAAGAGACGAAAUCUUCCAAAAAUUCUGAUAAAUAUCUCAGAGAUAUCGGAUUCAAUUUCAUUGCAGCAGGGAAAGACACAGUCAAUGCAGCUCUAACAUGGUUUUUCUGGCUAAUUGCCACACACCCAUCAGUCGAAGAAAAGAUUAUAGAAGAGAUCAAAGCCAAGUUGCAGAGAAACGAAGAUGGGACAUGGAGGUUUUACAAUCUACAAGAGCUAAGCAAGCUAGUUUAUAUCCAUGGUGCCAUCUGCGAGACUCUUCGGCUAUACCCAGCAGUACCCUUCAACCAUAGAGUAUCAGUGCAAGAAGACACUCUCCCAAGUGGCCACCAUGUGGAAGCAAACACCAGGGUGAUGUUUUCUUUGUAUUCAAUGGGAAGUAUGGAAGAGAUAUGGGGUGAUGAUUGCCUGGAAUUCAAGCCAGAAAGGUGGAUUUCAGAGCGAGGAAGUAUCAUACAUGUUCCAUCUUACAAAUUCAUUGCGUUUAAUACAGGACCAAGAAGCUGUUUAGGUAAGGAUAUAACCUUCAUCCAGAUGAAGAUAAUAGCAACUUCCAUACUCUGGAAUUAUCACGUUAAGCUGGUUGAAGAUCACCCUGUUGCACCUUGUCUUUCUGUGAUGAUGCAUAUGAAACAUGGUUUGAAGGUGAGGAUCUCCAAGAGAGGUGAAUCUUGAACAAAAUCUGGAUCAAGAUUUUAUUGUGCUAGAUACUUAUAUAUCAGCCACAUUGAUAACUAGUAUAAACAAGUGAAGAGACUAAUUACACUUGUGUAAAGACCAAAAUUUAGGA